UUGUGAAUACAGACUAACACGGCUGUUACUCUGAAAGAAAAAUAGUGCUGCCAAAUAUAUUCUCCAAAUCCUGGUCUCUAAAAAGUUUUAACCAAAUUAAUUUUUCAAGAAGGGUGAGGGGAAAAAUAAUUUUAGUCCAUAGCCAAUAAACUCACCUCCCCUUGCUUUUUUUGUAAAUUGCUCAUUUAUUAAAUUACUUUCACUCUGAAAUAAAAAAUUCUGAAAACUAAAACUUGCAGCAUAAAAAGGAGAAAGUGGUCUUUAAAGAGCUAUAAUAACGUUACCUAUAAAUCUUUUCAUUGUAAGAAUCAGGAUGCAAUCCUCAAUGAGAGAUUUUUCUAAGCAAGACUUACAAGAUCUUAUCCAAAUUUUAUUUUGAAGGAGAAUUUAUUUUAAUGUUACUACUUUGUUCUGAAAAAAAGCAUUUCAGCUAUUUUAAAUUACAUAAAAACCAUUACAAACCCAGAUUUUUAAAAGAAUAAAAAUUAUAAUAGGUUACUACUUUUAAGUGAGAUAAAUAAUUACAGAAUUCAGUAUACCAACAAGUUCACUCCUUGACAAGCUUUGGGUCAGAUCUUGCCUUUCUAGAUUAUUCAAAACUUUAAAAAUCAGUGGAAAUUCUGCAUUUGCAGUGGCUUCGGGACUCGAUCCGAAAGUUCACUUUCUUACUGCUGUCAGGCAUUUCUAAGUAAACUUGCUUUUAAUUUAGUUAUGUUUUGGAGGUGGGACACAAAUCCACAAUUCACAUUUUUUUUAAAUACAGAAAGGUCAGUAAAUUGCAACUUUUAACACUAAGAAACCUGUUUUAUACAUCUUUAGAUUAAAAACAAAAACAAAAAUUGUCCAGUAUUGUCAGUCUGGAAGAAAUCUUGGAGGCUUUCUACAAGUUUUUAGGAAAAAAUACAAGGUUGUUUUUGUUUUUUAAACAAAAAUAAACGAAGUAGAUUACAACUUUUAAGUGAAAGUGAACAGCUGAGCUAUUUCUAGAUGGUCAGACCUUCGGUUCUCUUUAAAAAAAAAACAAACAAAAAACUUUUAAAAGUGUCUGACUUUAAAAAAUGAAGAGCAGAGAGUUAAUUAGAGCUUGGAAAAUAAUAAUAACAUCUGCGUGUGGUGGCUGCCUUUGCCUUUUUCUCUCUCUCUGCUUAUUUCUCUCUCCGUGUGGCUGGCAACUCCUGCUCUGUGCUGUGCUGUGCAGUGCUCUCCUCUCUCUUUCUCUCUCUCUCUUCCCCCCUCCCUGCCUCCCUCCCUUCUCUCUGUCUCUCUCUCUCUCUCGCUCUUACACUGCCAGCCCCUGAUGUGAUGGCGAAGAAACCCCGUUGACAAGGCACUGCUUUUUCAUGACGAUUGUCCCCACAGCCCUUGACUCAGCUGCCAGAGCGAGGGGUGCACUCCUGGGAGGUGUGAAACGCCUUCAAAUCCAAAUGACUUCAGUGGGGUGUGAGGGAGCUCUGUGUCCCAGAGGGUGGAGACCCUGUUGUUUAAAGGCUGAUAACUUGUCAUGGAUGAUGACGACGAUGAGUCCUGUCUCCUUGAUCUUAUUGGAGAUCCACAGGCACUGAAUUAUUUUCUACAUGGACCUAGUAGUAAAUCUAGCAAUGAAGACUUGACUAAUGCAGGGUACUCUGCAGCCAAUUCUAAUUCAAUUUUCGCCAACUCCAAUAACACUGAUCCUAAAUCCUCCAUCAAAGGUGUAAGCAAUCAGCUUGGAGAGGGGCCUAGUGAUGGACUACAACUGUCAAGUAGCCUUCAGUUUCUUGAAGAUGAACUUGAAUCUUCUCCUUUACCUGAUCUCAGUGAGGAUCAGCCUUUUGAUAUUCUUCAGAAGUCCUUACAGGAGGCCAAUAUUACCGAACAGACUUUGGCAGAAGAGGCAUAUCUGGAUGCCAGUAUAGGUUCUAGCCAACAGUUUGCACAAGCUCAGCUACAUCCUUCUUCAUCAGCAUCCUUUACUCAGGCUUCUAAUGUGUCUAAUUACUCAGGUCAGACGCUGCAACCUAUAGGAGUUACUCAAGUGGUACAGCAACCAGUUGGAGCAUCUUUUGCAAGCAAUACAGUUGGUGUGCAACAUGGCUUUAUGCAACAUGUGGGAAUUAGUGUUCCCAGCCAGCAUUUGUCUAAUAGUAAUCAGAUUAGUGGUUCGGGGCAGAUACAGCUGAUUGGUUCAUUUAGUAAUCAACCUUCCAUGAUGACUAUUAACAACCUUGAUGGAUCUCAGAUUAUAUUGAAAGGCAGUGGACAGCAAGCACCUGCAAACAUGAGUAGUGGACUCUUGGUUCAUAGACAAACUCCUAAUGGUAACUCACUGUUCGGUAACUCAAAUUCAAGUCCAGUAGCACAACCUGUAACUGUCCCAUUUAACAGCACAAAUUUUCAGACAUCUUUACCAGUGCAUAAUAUCAUUAUUCAGAGGGGUCUAGCACCAAAUUCUAAUAAAGUUCCGAUUAAUAUCCAACCAAAGCCUAUUCAGAUGGGUCAGCAAACAGCUUACAAUGUGAAUAACUUGGGAAUACAGCAGCAUCAUGUACAACAAGGGAUUCCUUUUGCUUCAGCAAGUUCACCUCAAAAUUCAGUAGUUGGUCCUCAUAUGUCUGUUAAUAUUGUUAAUCAACAAAACACAAGAAAAUCAGUUACUCCUCAAACAGUUAGUAAUGCUGGAGGUAGUAUUGUUAUCCAUUCACCUAUGGGACAGCCUCAUGUAUCUCAAAAUCAGUUUCUCAUACCUACAAGUCUCUCUGUCAAUUCUAAUUCAGUUCAUCAUGUGCAGACCAUAAAUGGACAACUUCUUCAGACUCAACCUUCCCAGUUGGUUUCUAGCCAAGUAUCUGCUGAGCAUGUUAUGCUGAACAGGAACUCUACAAGCAUGCUCAGGGCCAACCAUUCAUAUUCAGGACAGAUGCUGAAUAAUCAGAAUACAGCUGUUCAGUUAGUUUCUGGUCAGACAUUCACAGCUCCUGGAAGUCAAGUUAUAGUAAAUCAUGGAACUUCUCAAAUUGUUGGUGGACAGAUGCCAUUACAACAGGCAUCACCAACAGUGUUGCAUUUAUCACCCAGUCAAAGUAGUGUUUCUCAAGGUAGAUCAGGUUUUACUACAAUGUCACCUGGACAGUCUACAGUCUCAAAUAUGUCAGCAUCUAAUCGAUUUACUGUUGUAAGUUCUUCUGGCACAGUACAUCCCAGCCUGGGGCCACCAGUUCAGUCUGUUGCAUCAGGAGGAAAUUUUACUGGAGAUCAACUUACACAGCAGAACAGAACACAAGUUUCAGUGAGUGUAUCCCAUUGUCUUCCAGUUUCCUCUUCGAAAUCUAUCAGCACUUUCAGUCGCACAUCAGUAGGAGUAACGCAGCAACAGUUCACUUUUGCUCAGGCUCAGAAAAAAGUUAUGAACCAGUCCUCACCAGUUUCUGCAUCAAAGUCACAGGAUAGCUUGAGACAACCUCAGCUAACAGGUCUUCUGAGUAACACGUUGCCAGGACAGGAUUCUGGAAGUAAAAUCAUCCAGCAACCUUUAGGAACAACACAGUCACAGCAGGAAAAUGUAGUAGGAUCAUCUCCUGUCCAACAACAUGUGCAGGUGGAUGUUCAUACAGUUGGACAAAAGAGGCCUGCUGCUAAACAGCUAACAAAAGGAGCUUUUAUUCUACAGCAGUUACAGAAGGAGCAGGCACAUGCUGUGACACCAGAUAAAAGUCAAUUCAGAUCAUUAAAUGAUGCAGUCCAGAGACUCCUCUCAUAUCAUGUGUGCCAGGGAUCACUGCCAACCAAGGAGGAUUUAAGAAAAGUGGACAGUGAAUUUGAAUCUGUAGCCACGCAGCUUCUGAAAAGGACACAAGCUAUGCUAAAUAAGUACAGAUGUUUGCUCCUAGAAGAUGCAAUGCGGAUAAAUCCCUCUGCAGAAAUGGUUAUGAUUGACAGGAUGUUUAACCAGGAAGAAAGGGCAUCUCUGUCCCGGGAUAAGCGCCUUGCACUAGUGGAUCCUGAUGGUUAUCUGGCUGAUUUUUGUUGUUCCUCUAAACAAUUUGAUGAAACUGCUGAUGAAGCACAGUCCAGUGAAAGUGAUCAUCAGUGUAGUAAAACUUUGACUUCUCACAGUCAGCCUACCAAGAUCCAAACCAGAGACCGAUCAAAAUCCAGCACAGCAGAGUCUACAAAUCACGACAAACUUCAUUUAGUGCCUAACAACAUUAUGACACAACAAGAAGGAAAAAUUUCUACUAAAAAAACGGAAAGCCUUACUAAAGCUUUAAAGUUUGAGAAGGCUAGCUGUUCUCCUGACAGUCAAUACAUGGCUGUCUCUGAAGAGAAAUUGGCUGAUAAAGAUCUUGCCAAGACCAAUGAAAAUUCUUCAAAUUCUGAAGACUUGUCAAAAACCUUGUCAAGAGCUAAUCAUGGUACACAUAAAAUGUCAAGGAAUACAGUUGAAUCUCACUCAGAGGUAAUAUGUAAUAACUCCCUCCAAGACAAAACUCAGAGGAGCUUUCCAAAGAAUGAGGUUUUACAUCCUGACAACAUGAAAGGCUUGGGUGAACCCCAGCAGGAUUUGCUCCUCAGUAAGAGUUUAGAAACUACAUUCAAAAACAUUUUGGAACUGAAAAAAACUGGGAGACCGCCACAAAGUGAGGCUACUGGCAGUGGCUCUGUAGAAUUAGACUUUCCAAACUUUUCACCAAUUGCUUCACAAGAAAACUGUCUGGAAAAAUUUAUUCCCGAUCACAGUGAAGGUGUUGUAGAAACGGACUCUAUUUUAGAAGCAGCUGUAAAUAGUAUCUUAGAGUGUUAAUAGUUACAGUACCAUGGACAAGUUAUGUUUCUCUUAGUAGAAGCAAAUGUGAAUGACACCACAAGUACAGCCUGACAUAUGUCCAAGGUUAAUCUUUCUAAACUAGAUUCUGUUCUGUGUUUGAGAGCAAUACUCAUUGUGAUUACAGUGAGAUAUCCAGUAAAGUUAAUCCUUGUUAGAAUGCAGUCUGUUGGGGCCUACACAUUUCAAGUAUUAUAAUGAUAGUGCUUAUGGUAAUUGUUUAACACUGCAAUUUAAUGAGAUUGCAGUUCACUAGGCCCUAGGUAAUAAGGUAAUAUACUGACAAUCACAGUCAUAUGAAAAGGCAGAUUUAUUCAAGAAAACGUUAAGACAAAUGGAAGCAACAAUUUUCCCCCUUCCAUAAAUCACUAGAUUUUAUUUUAUUUUUUUCCAGGAAAACCUCGUGGUUAAAUACCCAUUGUACCGCUAUUCAGAAAUGAUUGUCUGUCUGAUUUAUUACUAAAUCCAUCUGCUCUAGGAUUUUAAGUUGGAAGGAUGUCAUCGGUACGUUUAUAGGGCUUCAUAUUUUAAGUGCUUUUCUGUUGUCACUGGGCAGAAAGUAGUACAUGAGUGUAUCUGUAGUGGGUGAAUUUAGUCUGUGGAAUGAUACUGUAUAAUGUUAGUCACAACGGUAUGAUGUGAAAUAAUAUAUACUAGACUAAGGAAAGAAGAACAGAAGCUAAUAAGUGGCAAAGUGUACAGGAGGAGGUCAUGAUAGAGCCAUGAAUUUAUAUAUAUAAAUACAUAUAUAUGUUAACUCUUGAGGAGAAGGUUUUGCAUUUUAUAAUUGGAUAUAGUCAACCUAAGUCUUUCUGAAGUGGUAUAAAUGUUUUUUUUUUUUUUUUUUCUAAGACCAAGUGUCAAAAGCACUUUUAUUUGAAAACUGUGUUAUUAAAUUAGUAGUUUAUACUUUGAGGGGACAUUAGCCUUAAUCUGAGAAAUUUAAAGGCCAGUGUUGUUGCUUGUUUCUGCUUCUUGCUGUCAGAGAAUAUUAGUCAUCCACAGCAGCAGUCAUAACUACCAAAAUAUGUACAGACCAAAGUUAAUCAACUAUCCCAUUGUUAAAACAUAUCCAAACUUGUAUAAUUAUUAAUUCACAUUUUAGAGCCAAAGGAAACCCCUGCGUGGUUUGAUUUGGCUGGUGUUCGUGUUGACAAGAAUAGAAGCUUGUUAUUUUAUUUAUUUAUUUUUAAUAUGUGACUUUUCCCUUUUAUGGUCCAUGCUUCUUUUUUAAUAGUUUACUUUGGUCAUUAGUGCUGUUGUGCACAUAAGUGUUCUGCCAUUACCGAGAUGAAUCUAGCAUGUAUGUCUGCUCAGAAGGGUAGAGCUGUUGUGGUUUCUAAGGCAUGCUGUCUAUCUCUCUUUCCUUCUGUCUUCCGCCCUGUUGCUCACAAAAAUAAACAGCCAUGUUUCAAAACUUGCUGAUUGCCAUUAUCAUAAUCUAGAGAUUCAUUGUGACAAACUGUGGUUGUCAGUCAGAUUGCCAGAACUGCCAGGAAAGAAAACAAAAGGCCAGGUUUUGCUAUCAUUUGCACAAGUGCAAAAGAGAGCAGAAUUUGGCCCUUGGGCUUUUGACAGCACGAAAUUAUAAUGCACCUCAUUUUGUUGAGCUGCAGUCCACUAUGUGAUAACAUAAGAAAACCAAAUCUAGUCAACCUGAGAAAGAUAACAAUAUUUAACAUAUAAUUAAGGUUCAGUUCCCCUUCAAUGUGAAUGGAAAUAUAAAUAUUUUGUACAUUAUUAAUUGCCAUUUUAAAAAAUUUGUGCCAAUUUUAAAUUUGUCAAAAUCCAAGAUUCCCAAGUGUCAUGUAAAACAUUUAAAAUAAUAACAUGGUAUUGCCAGUUUUAAAUUUCUAACUGGGCAUCAUUACAGUAGACUCUUAGGCAAUUAGCUAUUUUCUAGUUAAUGAGACUGACAGUAUAGUCUUUGCCGAUUGCCUUUGAAAUUUCAUAAAGAUAAUGAUGGCUGUGUAUCCUGCGGAUUAUGUAUCUUAUAAUUCAUUCAAUUUCAGCCAGUAUGAGCAGUCUAGAAAGGAAGGCUGUAAGUUAUAUCAGCAAUGUAAAUUAGUUUAAUUUUCAUCUUAUGAGAAAAAGGUGCACAUUUAUGGAUCCUGUCGCUCUUGGUACCAUCUCAAAAGGCGUAUUAGCUUUCAAGCAUCUGUACAGCAAAUAUAUAACCUAAAUAACAAAAUGUUGUGUCCACUAUGUAAAUUUAUUUUUCCUGGGCAGUGAAUUAUAGAUAGUGACAAAUAAUGAUUAAGACAUGUUUUUUAACAUUGUUGAUUAGGUCAGACAAAGGUUUGUCCAAACAUCUUAUGUCCGGAAUCCAUUGAGCAAAGGCCAGCAAACUUGCUGUUGGAUCAUUAGUGUUCUGUUAUUCAUUCAUUUGAAUUCUACUUUAGGAAUACUUAUACUUGGUAAUGCAGUAAACAGAAUAUUCUUAUAUAUGAAAUAUUGUUUUAAUAAAGUGUGAAUUGGAAUCUGAUCCAGUGAAGUACUUUAACACAUGCCUGAUUUUAAGCACAUGCUAAAAUGCUUUGCUGGAUCAGCGUAAUGAUUUCCAAUGUUCUUGAAUACUGCCUAAGGUUAAAAUAAAUUUUAAACUGGCAAUUACAAAAAAAAUAUUUUAACUUUGAAGAGUUUAGCAUAAUUUAUCUCUUAGACUAGGGAGGCCUUACAGACUGACUUCACUUAAAGAGGAUGUGUCACUUAUUGUCAAUGUGGUAUGGACUUUAUUUGCUUAAAUACCUUCAUUUGUAUAGUAUGUCUCACUUGAAAUUGCUUUGUAUACAUUUUGUAAAAAUAUUUAUAAAAUGUUUUGUAAAAAAAGUAUAACAAAUUGCAGUUUAUUUUGUUAUGUUGGAUAAAUACUGUUAAAAGACACAAGUCGGUAAAUAUAUUGUUAAUCCAUGGAUAGGAAAUGUUUAGUUGGAGAUUACAGAUUGAAACAACCAUUGCAAUACAGCCAAAGAUUUGGGAAAAAGUAUAUCUGUGAUUGUCUUGAUUUAACCAAGAUGAAUAAGUACAUUUCCAAAAGAAGGGUUGUUUUCAGCUUCAAGUAAUACGGUUGCAGAACAGUCUGACUUACUGUACUUUUUAUAAUGCAACUGUAUUAUGAAAUAAUAUAUUUAAUAGACCAGGUUUUUCAUGCUGUGCAUGUAAUUUUUUGAAGAUAUGCUAAUAAGCCACAGGUCAUGUGGUAGCAUAAAAACAUCAUUAGUUUUAAUCUCUUCUCUCAAAGUGCUCAAGUUGGCUAUGCCUUGUUACAUUAUCACAGAAGUCCUGUCUUAAAGUGAUGAGGUGGCUGAAAGAAGGAACAAUAUGGUAUUAAGGACUAAAUCGUCUCUCCCGUGCCUGGAUGUAGUAUACAGGGGAAGGGGUACAGGUAGCCCUUUCUUCUCCUCCAGUGCAUCUUCACAUGAUGGAGGCAUAAACUACUUCCUAGGACUAAGGAAUGCAGGAGAGGGGAAUUGUCUGUACUAGUAGCCUUGGAGGGAAAAUACCUUGGUGUAGCAUGAGUGAUGCCAUGUCACCUCACUCUGCCCCUGGAUGACUCAACCCUUCCCUCACAGCACACAGAAAACGUGGUUUUCAGUAACAUAAUACCUCUUUCCACCUGGGUGGUGUGCCUCCUUGCCACUGUGGUUGGGCCUGGCAGAAGAUAUAAUUGAAUCCUAAGGCCCUGAUCCAGCAAAACGCUUCGGUUUGGAGCCCGAAUAAAGUAAACAUUCAUAGGAGGGCAUAAAGACUAGGGCCUGAUCCAGGGAGGUAGUGAGUAUUUUCAACUCACAUGAAUUGAGUUGAAAUCUAUUCUAAUUUGUGACAACAAGGCAAAGAAUAAAGCCUAGUUACAUGAUGCUUUUCACCUAGAUUCAUCCUGUAACAAAAUGAAGAUGGUUUUAUGACUUGCUUAUAUGUUGUUUGCAUCCUUUUAUAAAAUAGUUUGGCUAAGCAUUGUGUUCAGCAAUAGAAUCACCAAGAAAACUUCCCAGACAUCCAACAUCUGUGAGGUAUAGGUUACUCCACAGCUGUCUUCACUUUAAAAUACCCUUUCACUGUGAUCAGGAUGGAAUUGUGCUCUGGUUUUUCUGCAAGGAUGAGAAAACUAGUAGACUUUUUU